GAAUUUUAGUGUAGUCUGGAAUUGAAUGUAGCAAAAGAAUGUGUGUGGCAACGUUUAUGCUUUAAUGCUGGCCCACUAUUGCUGCUUCUUCUUGCCUCUGGAGGGUGGCACAGCUGUGAUUCUUGUGCCUAUGUAGACUGACACAAACCAAUAAAAACCCAAUACUGAUUAUAAGACUAUUUGAAAUAUUCCCCCGAAUAGCAAACGGAAGCAUUUUCAAUCCGGUGCAAAAGUAGCAGCUGAAGAAGAAGCAGCAGCAGCAAACGUCGAAGAUGCCUUCCAGCGAUCCACUGCCGCCCAAGGAGGCUGCACUCUUCCGCAAAUUACUGAAAUGCUACGAAAUGAAGCAGUACAAAAACGGCCUGAAACUGGCCAAGCAGAUACUCUCAAAUCCCAAGUUCACGGAACAUGGCGAAACAUUGGCCAUGAAGGGCCUAACGCUAAACGGCCUCGGCCGCCGCGAGGAGGCCUACAAGUAUGUGCGCUUGGGGCUACGCAACGAUCUGCGCUCCCAUGUCUGUUGGCAUGUUUACGGACUGCUGCAGCGCAGCGACAAAAAGUACGAUGAGGCAAUCAAGUGUUAUCGCAAUGCGCUCAAAUGGGAGAAGGACAAUUUGCAGAUAUUAAAGGAUCUGUCGCUGUUGCAAAUCCAGAUGCGCGAUCUGGAGGGCUACAAGGAGACGCGCCAUCAUUUGUUCACGUUGCGACCCUCGCAGCACGCUUCCUGGAUUGGUUUCGCCAUGAGCUAUCACCUGCUGGGCGACUACGAGAUGGCCAACAACAUUCUGGAGACCUUCAGCCAGUCGCAGACGUCAAUUGAGGCCCACGAUUAUCGCCAUUCGGAGCUGCUCCUGUACCAGAAUCAGAUACUCAUCGAAUCGAUGCAUCUACAGCAGGCGCUCGACCAUCUGAACAAGUAUGAGCCGCAGAUUGUCGAUAAGCUGGCCGUGCGCGAAACGCUUGGCGAUUUGUAUAUUAAACUGAAGCUGGAGGAGAAGGCGAUACCAAUUUUUGAGUCGCUGAUACGCCGCAAUCCGGAGAAUGUGCUUUACUAUGAGCAGUAUAUGGCCGCACGUCGUGUGUCCGCGCCCAGUGAUAUUGUGGCCGUUUAUCGUGAAUUUCAGACAAAAUAUCCGCGCGCCCUCUGUCCGCGUCGCCUGCCCCUAGACAUUGCCAGCGGCGAUGAGUUUCGCCAGGUGGCCGAUGAGUAUCUGCGACGUGGCCUGCGCAAGGGCAUACCGCCGCUGUUUGUCAAUGUGCGUUCACUGCAUCAGGAACCGGAGAAGGCGGCCAUUAUUGAGGCCUUGACGCUGCAGUAUUUUGAGAAUCUGACGCGUUCCGGCCAUUUUUCACGCGAGGAUGCGGACGCGGGUGUGCCCGUCGAGCCGGCCUCGGCGCUUGUCUGGACCGCACUCUUUCUGGCCCAGCAUUAUGAUUAUAUGCGCGACACAGAUCGGGCCCUCGAGUACAUCAAUGUGGCCAUUGAUCAUACGCCAACGCUCAUCGAGCUGCUCAUUACGAAGGGACGUAUUUUCAAGCAUGCCGGCGAUCCGGUGGAGGCCUACGUUUGGCUCGAGGAGGCGCAAAGCAUGGAUACGGCAGAUCGCUACAUCAACUCAAAGUGCGCCAAGUACAUGCUGCGCGCAAAUAUGGUGAUUGAGGCGGAGGAGAUAUGCGCCAAGUUUACCCGGGAGGGCGUCUCGGCCAUGGACAAUCUGAAUGAGAUGCAGUGCAUGUGGUUCCAAACGGAAUGCGCAAUGGCCUUUCAACGGAUGGGCCGUUGGGGCGAAGCGCUCAAAAAGUGCCACGAGGUGGAUCGUCAUUUUGCCGAGAUCAUUGAGGAUCAGUUCGAUUUUCAUACCUAUUGCAUGCGCAAGAUGACGCUGCGCGCCUACGUGGGCCUGUUGCGUCUCGAGGAUGUGCUGCGCCGUCAUCCGUUCUACUUUAAGGCGGCCAAGUGCGCCAUUGAGGUCUACAUACGCCUAUAUGACAAGCCUCUCAAAUCGGAGACGACCAUUGAGGAAAUCGAUAUCGAGAACCUGCCGCCAUCGGAGCUGAAGAAGCUGCGCAGUAAACAGCGCAAGGCCAAGAAGAAAGCCGAAUUGGAGAGCGCACAGGCGGCGCAGGCUCAGGUGAAACGUGAACAGCAUCAGAAAUCGAAACAGCAGGCAAAUCAGGAAACCGAUCCCGAUGCCCCACAGCUGGAUGAGCUAAUACCGGAGAAACUGGAGCGCACCGAUGAGCCGCUGGAGAAGGCAAUUGAUUUUCUAAAGCCGCUACAGCAAUUAGCCAAAGAGCGCAUCGAUACGCAUUUACUGGCCUUCGAGGUUUACAAUCGAAAGAAUAAGCUAUUGUUAAUGCUGCAAUCGAUAAGGCGUGCCCGUGCCUUAAAUCCGGCGCAUCCGGUGCUACAUAGCUGUAUAAUACGCUUCAUGAAAGCCCUGGCCAUCGCCCAAAAGCAGCAGCCAUUUAAUGUGCAUGUGCAAAAGGUGCUGGACAA